AAAGAUGGCGGACAGAUCUGUAAGUGACAUUUUAAAUCUUCUCCGUAGCCAUGUAAAGCUUGAAAGGGAUAGAGGACUACUAGCUUUGGAAGAGAAACUGAAAGAUACUUCUAACUUCACUUCAGAUAUACGACAAGUAGAGGAUUUGCAAAACUCUUUAACCGAAUUUGUGACGUCGACGGAUGGAGCCUGGGAGACAAGACAUGGUGGUUUGAUAGGGAGCAAAACAUUUAUUUUGAACAAUCUCGGCUCAGAUGACUUCUGUGAGACACUCAGAAAAAAAUCGUUGGGAUUAAUGCAUGAUGAAGAGGCGAGGGUCAGGAUUGCUUCAGGAGAGGUACUCGGUGCCCUUUGUUCAAGGAAAGGUACAGGAGUUUUUGUUGCCUGCCGUGAUGAAAUCUUGAGGAAUGUGGGUGAAAAUUUAGAGAGAAGAUUGCCCGACCCUGAGGAAGUGGCUGAAGGACUUGUGCAUAAGUUAACGGGUAGUGAAAAGGAGACAGGAGAAGAAAAGCACAAAAAAGCAGAUGCAGCACAGAUAUUUCAUGAUACUGCAGGAUGGAAACAUUUAGAGACAAGUAUGAGGUCUCUUCAAUCAGUGAUAGAAGGAUGUGGAAGAGCCUUCAAUGAACAUAUUACUCAAGACCUCCUUGAUCUGAUAUUUCAGGCAUUAAACCAUACAAACAGAUUCGUUAGGGAGACGGGUUAUCAACUCUGUGCAUCACUUGUUAGCCUGGGAAGAAAACAAGAUGAAUCGUCAGAGGUUACAGAAUCUAUUGUGGUAGAUGUUGAGGAGAAUGCAAUACUUAAACAUGGAGAUCAGUUUUCUGAUUAUCUGAAGAAAGGGUUGUCUGAUAACUGGAGCCAAGUUAGGUUAGCGGCCUCAGUAGCCACACGUCAGUUCUUUCAGACUCUACCCAGUAAAGAAUCAAGAGAGAAGUUUUUCCCCAAGGUUUUACCAGCCAUGUGUCUGAACAGGUAUUAUGUAGCAGAAGGUGUAAGAAUAUACUCUCAGCAAAGCUGGAAAAUCAUAGUUGGAACAGAAGGGAAACAUAUGGUGGAAAAAUACAUCACAGAGACAGUUGAAUUUUACAUCAGCCAAACCAAAGCAGACAAUCAUGCUGUCAGAGAGGCUGCUUGUGCCUGCAUAGCUGAACUUGGAACCAAGGUUAGCCAAGACAGUUUAAGAUCACAUGUUUCAGAUCUUCUUCAGGCUUUGGUGUGUUGUUUCAAAGAUGACAGUUGGCCUGUUAGGGAUGCUGCCUGUGUGGCUUGUGGAAAUUUUGUGCUGUGUUUCCCUCAGGAGUGCAGUUCUAGCAUGGAUGACCUUUACCCUUUAUUUUUUGAGAAUCUCUCAGACAGCAUCCCUUCAGUCAGACAAGGUGCAGCAGUGUCGCUUAGCAAUGUUGUUAAAGCUUAUGGGGAAACUGCACUAAACAUAGUUACUAAGAGAGUAACAGAAGGUCUUCAAGGAAUUGAGAAACAGGAAGCUACCACAGAAAAGUAUACGGGAGUCGAGAAAGGCCCAGCCACAUUUGGAGUUAUAAAAAGACUGAGAGAUAAUGAUAUGGAGCUACAUACAAACAGACAGAUGUAUUCCUGUGGGUCACUUGCCCCUAAAAUGAGAAGGGGAGGUGGAUGUGCCGACCAUCUUUUCAGAAGACCUGCUGAGCCAUGGGAAAGAGCUGAUGGUUGUGUGGACCUUGUUGCUGAGCUUUCAACCAAUUCCAAGGCUCAUAAAGAAGUCAUCACCUUAUUGCCCCUCGUAGCACAGGCAGCCCACUAUAAACAUUACACUCAGCAUCUUCAUCUACUUGAAACAGUCUGCACACAGCUACCAUUCAUUGCCAAAGGAAUAGGAAAGAAUCAAUUUAAAAGACAUUUUGAGCUUUUCAUUGACUCAAUUUUCUACAGUCUGAAAAGUGACAAUGCGCUAACAUCAACAGCAGCUUCUGAAUGCCUUUCUCAGUUUAGCUCAUUGUUAGGUCCUUCAAUACUUAGAGGACGAAUAGAAAUGCACAACC